UGAGUUCAGGGAAAGAGAAACUGAAGUGUAGUUGAGCUGUUGUGUGUCUGUGUCUCUGUAUUCAUGCAGGAAAAUGGCAGAAGCCAGAAUUUCAGUGGAUCAGAAGGAGUUCUUGUGUGCAGUGUGUCUGGAUCUCCUGAAGGAUCCAGUGGCCAUUCCCUGUGGACACAGUUACUGUAAGAGCUGUAUUACAGACUGCUGGGAUCAGGAGGAUCAGAUGAGAGUCUACAGCUGCCCUCAGUGCAGACAGACCUUCAGUCCAAGACCUGCUUUAGCUAGAAACACCAUGCUGGCUGAAGUGGUGGAGAAACUGAAGAAGACCAAACUUCCUGCUGACUGUUACGCUGGAGCUGGAGAUGUGCAGUGUGACGUCUGUACUGGAAGAAAAUACAAAGCCAUCAAGUCCUGUCUGUUGUGUCUGAACUCUUACUGUCAGAAUCACCUUGAACAACAUGAGAGUUUGUUUAAAGGAAAGAGACACAAUUUGACUGAUGCCACUGGACGACUGCAGGAGAUGAUCUGCCAGAGACAUGAGAAGAUCCUUGAGCUUUUCUGUUGCACUGAUCAGAAAUGUAUAUGUAUGCUGUGUACGGUUAUUGAACAUAAAAACCACGACAUUGUAUCAGCUGCAGCACAGAGGACAGAGAAACAGAAGCAGCUGAAGGAGACGCAGAAGACGUUCCAGCAGAGAAUCCAGCAGAGAGAGAAAGAUCUUCAGCAGCUGAGAGAGACUGUGGAGUCUCAUAAGCGCUCUGCACAGACAGCAGUGGAGGACAGUGAGAGGAUCUUUACUGAGCUCAUCCGCUCCAUUGAGAGAAGCCGCUCUGAGCUGAUACGGCUGAUCAGAGAUCAGGAAAAGCGAGCGGUGAGUCGAGCUGAAGAACGACUGGAGCGACUGGAGCAGGAGAUCAAUGAUCUGAGGAGGAGAGACACUGAGCUGGAGCAGCUUUCACACACACAGGAUCACAUCCAGUUCCUGCAGAGUUUCCAGUCUCUCUCAGCACCUCCUGAAUCUACAGACGUAAAUGACGAAUUCAUUUCUCUCGUCUCUUUUGAUGGUCUGAGAGAAUCUGUUCAUCAGCUGAAAGACAAACUGGAGGAUUUCUGCAAAGAGGAGCUCAAGAAGAUCUCAGACAGAGUCACAUUCACCAACAUUGUUUCCAGGACCAGGAAGGAGUUUCUACAAUAUUCCCAUCAGCUCACUCUGGAUCUGAACACAGUGAAUAAACGCCUCCGUCUGUCUGAGAACAACAGAGUGAUUACUAACACUAACACAGAUCAGCCGUAUCCUGAUCAUCCAGACAGAUUUGAUUAUUGGAGUCAGGUGUUGUGUAGAGAGAGUGUGUGUGGACGCUGUUACUGGGAGAUUGAGUGGAGUGGAGAUAGAGGUGUGUAUAUAUCAGUGUCAUAUAAGAGCAUCAGCAGGAAGGGACGGGGUGUUGAGUGUUUGUUUGGACAUAAUGAUCAGUCCUGGAGUUUGAUCUGCUCUCCCUCCGGUUACUCAUUCAGACACAAUAACAUAAAGACUGAUCUCCCUGUGAAGUCCAUCAUUCGUAGAAUAGGAGUGUUUGUGGAUCACAGUGCAGGAACUCUGUCCUUCUACAGCGUCUCUGACACAAUGAGCCUCAUCCACACAGUCCAGACCACAUUCACUCAGCCGCUCUAUCCUGGGUUUACUGUUUAUUAUGGAUCAUCAGUGAAACUGUGUUGAUGAAUCAGAAUAGACUGAUGAGAGAUUAUACCCAUAAUGCUUUGAGCUGCAUGAUGAAUCAGUAACAGUGAGAUGUUAUAGAGUCUCUUCUUUUCUCUUCAUGACAUUAAUACUUCAGCUGAACUUCGGUCAGUGAAAUAACAUGUCAGAAUAAAUGUAAUAAAUCCUCAUAUAGUCAGUAAGGCUAUGUUCACACUUGGUGUCUUUUUUGAAGCUUUCACCGUCUGUUUUACAUUAUAAUCCUAUGGACUAAUCCAUGUUUUCCAAAAAGUCCUAAGCACUUUUUUAAACGGUACCGAUGGCAAUUUGAAGUCGUGAUCUGAAUCAAAUAAUAUGCGAUAUGUCACUGGACAGUGAAUCAUUUUGUGAUGCAGUGCUUUACUGAUUCUGAAUUUCUAAAAGCUCAGUUUCAGCUAUCCACCUUAUUUUUCCCGUAAGAGUGGGCAUGCGCUCAUAAAUUUUAUGGGUCUGGCUUCUGGACUAAUCCGUGUCCAGCUAUUUUUAGCUGUAGAAAACUUGUUUUGCUGCUUGAUAUUUCAAAUUGGUGACAAUUUGUUGAAUCAACCUAAAAUCAUUUGUUACCGUGCUGCUGUAGUGAACAACAGUCAAGAUGGCAUUUCAAGGAUAAGGUUGUGGCAGAGCACUUUCUAACUGCCAGGUGAGGAGGGAGAUGUGCCACACUGUGAUUGGAUCUUAGUGGAGUAGGAUAAACAAAUGUUCAGAAACAUCAUAUAAGAUGCCAAGACAACUGCCAGACACCUCUAGCAGGACAAGGAGGGAGACCUUCUGAACCCACGACCACCUAAAAGAGGACUUCUCAUUGGACUAUGGGUUGACCGUCACCAAUCCUAAGGUUUAGGAAUGACUGCCAUAAAAAUUCCUUCAGAACUCUGGGUGCAACAGCAGCAGCCAAAACAAGGAAAGGCCACAAAGAUCUAUCCAAAUCCAUUCAUUCCUAAGUUUGGAGACCUUAAAUUGACGUAAACUGAACCAUAUUCACGUCACUCUCACAUAAAAUAUAGUUUAUCGUGAUGGCUAUUGACUGUUAACAUAACAGUUCACGGAAGCAGGCCUAUUAACAUAUUAUGGUAUAAAUGAGUAAUUGUUUCCUAUCACGUUUGGACUCUUUUGCUCCUUAUGAUGUGGAUAACAAUUUGAAAAAGGUUUGGUAAAGAAAUAUUGCAUGGGUAAAAUGUUAAAGACACUGCUUAACUUUGUACUCUACUAUAUGCAAAUGAGUUCCACACUAGGACGGGCAACACCAUGGCCACCGCGGACACAGGCGGCCAAUCACAUUUCUGGAAUGGAAAGGUGCCAGAUUCCAAUCUCCUCCUCAUCAGAAAGGGAUAAAUGUACCCUUCCAAAGGACACACCUUGUUCUAAGUCUCCGGCAAGGUUGAGACAACAGCUGAUCAACAAUGUCCUGAGUCUUUCGUCCAGAGAGACUGUAACAGACCAUCUCUGUUCUGAGUUCCAAUCCUGUGAUGGAAAGGACACUUACAGAUACAACGUCCUAAGUUUCUGGCCUGACGAGGAAAGAGACUUCAAGAUAGCUAAGGUUCAGUUCAGCUCUUGAGUAGCCUUCAAUAUUGCAUUCGGCUGCCCUUCAGUUGCAAAGGACCCAGCAGUGACAGACCCCGUCUGACUCUUGCCACUCCGAAAGCAGCGUAGCCCAGUCCGCAAAGGACCUCCGCAUAGGCAGACACUGCCUGAAACCCACGGCUCCUCGACAACGCAGCCCGGCUGCAAAGGACCCUGUGAAGACCCAUCUGACCCAGCUGCCCGGGCCAUGCCCUAAGGACCCCUAAGGAAGUUCAGCAUUCUCGAGGUCAGCGCAUCGAUGGGUACCGGAAUGCAACUCUGUGCCCUCCCCACUGUACGCAAUCUGCAUCAGAUGUCUCUGCCGCCGGACUGAUCACCCGACCACGUGGAACGUAACUAUAAACGUACAUAAUUUAUAUGUUUUCUAACCUGUUUAGAUAACAUUUACUUGGGGUCAGCAUUACAAAUGAUAGCUAUAUUGUUUGUUCAAAGAUAAAUAAGCAGUUAUUUAUCAUUAAGUCUACAGGCAGCUCAACAGGCAGUCAUGGGGCAGUCUAGGGCAGUCGUCGCCUAAUGGUUAGAGAGUUGGGCUUGUAACCCAAAGGUUGCUGGUUCGAUUCCUGCGCCAGCAGAAAAUUGAAAGUGGGGAUUGUAAAUAAACAGUGCUCUUUCUACCUUCAAUACCAUGACUGAACCCCCAAUUGACAAAGGACCAAUUUUGACUAUGGGUCACCAUAGUUGACAAUACAUCAUCGUCACUCAACAGCAUUGCAUUCUGCCAUUCUGUAUUCACUCCAUUUACUUGUUUUUAUGAUUUAUUUGAUAUCUUCUUUCAUGUGCAGUUGCCUAUUUUCUGUUAUAUUCAUUUAUUGGUUUUAUCACUAGUUGUUGUAUUUACUCUUGCAUAUCUAUUUUUAAUAAAUUUCAUUAAUUUUA